UACAUGGGUUAUUUAUGAUUAAGAUGUACACCAUAUUUGUCCACAAGUUCAACUGUAGACUAUUUUAAUCUGUAGACUUGUUAUUUUACCGGUAUCACACUGUUUUUAUUAACUCUCAUUGGAAUUUUCCAUCAAGGCUACUUUUGUCUAAAUUGCCGCCAGACAAAAGGUAAUACUAGCCUACUUCAAUAUCACUGAGCCUAAUAUAAUAUGCUGGCUACGUUUAUUAUGUCUUGACGUUGAAAGGCAAAUGAUUUAACCACAUUUAACGCCAAUGGCCAGUAAUCUGCCGACAGAGGGAGCACGAAAGCGCGCGAUUGCUUUGACAGAGAAGUGCGUCUGAAGACCAAACCGAGACAGAUUGCUUGACAAUGUCUUGCGUGUGUUCAUAAUCCGUGUCUGGUUCUCAAACACCGGUCACAAAUGCAUUGUAGACUGUCUAUGACUAUCACACUAUUGGCCAAAAAAUGAAGGUUGACGGUUUACGGUGACUGGACGGAUGACUUUAACCCUGAAAAAAGACAGGCCUGGAUGGCAGAUCAGAGGAGGCAUGUGGUGCUAAAGGGUCUUGCAGCACAUGCAUCGGAAUGACACAGAGACCCACCAAUGGUAGGAUCCACCUACCGUUUCUCCUUGUGCUUGUGGGAUAUGCAAUGGCAGGACUCCAGUUGUGGCCCUCUGAACACGUUGCCCUGAGCAAUGCCAGCGUGUUUGUGGAUUACAACAUUGACUGCAAUGGCACUGGCCACAACCUGACCAUCUCUCUGGUGGACAUAGGAAGUAACACCACCUUGCUGACCAGGUACCUCCCUUACAACCAGUCAGAAGGUAGGAUGGAGUUCGACUGCUCCUGCUUCCUCUACGCCGGCAGUUUCCGAUUCCUCCUGGAACGAACGAGUGACCAGAGUGCCUUAGCCAAUGGCUCGGCCACCUGGUGGUGGAGUCCGGUGGUGCAGAUCAGCUGGCCGACCUUUCACAUCUCCGUCGAGCAGGCCAGCAAUCGCACCUCCGGCUCCUUCCAAAUCGGCGUGUCCACCAACGACAACUUCCACGCGUGCACCAUCGACGGGGCCUCCAGGCUCCUCCUGGAGGUCACCUACCUGGAGUACAAUCAGAUCGGCAAGAACAACAUCAACAAGAUCCGGGCGCAGACGGAGCACGAGAUCACCACGCUGAGGUCGCAGCACGUGGACCUGGACUGCGUCUUCCCGUUCACCGAGCACGACUUCAUCCGAGUGGCCCUGAAGUCCCCCCACACCCAGCAGGAGAUCAAGGCGUCUGUGCCCCUCUACCUGUCCCGUAUCUUCCCCUAUAAGCUCUUGGUGGACAGCACCCACAGGAGUGGGUGCAAGGGGGCCGUUACUGUGCGUCUGAUCCCCCCGCCCUGUGCCUUCACCUACGGGAGGGUGUUUGUGUACCGGGACGGGGCGUCCAAGAUGACCGGGUCUGGGUCCUCCUCUUCCUCCUCUGGCACCGAGGAAGCCACGCUUCCUGCUCACCUGGCCUACAAUUGGCUGACCCAGGGGGAAAACGAGACCGAGUUCAACUGCUCUGUCUUUGACCCCGGAAAGAAUAAGUACUGCUUCCGGUUCAUCCUCAACUCCAGUCGCUCACCGAGUCCUGUGCAGACCUGUUCAGUGGUGCAGAGGAUUGCAGAGACGUGGGGUCCAUGGCAACCGUGGAGCGGCUGCAGUGUGACCUGUGGGGAGGGCGUGCGGGAGCGCACACGCAAGUGUCUGGUGCCCUCUAGUGGGGCGAUGAUGCGGUGCACAGGCUUGGUGAAGGAGCAGUCGCACUGCUCUCUAGAGGGGUGUGUAGUUCCCGUGCCAGUGCCAUCAAUGCUCCCUCCUAAGUCGGGCUCCUCACUGCAGGGUAACCUAGUAGGUCUGGCAGGAAUCUCUCUGUGCCUGGCGGUGAUUGUAGCCACGAUUCUCAUCACCGUCUGGAGGAAGGUGUGCCGCGCGGCCAAAUGCAGCUCGGUGCGCCGCAGCUCCAUGCACUCCCCCGGCGGCCGCAAGAACUCGGACGAGGCGUCCAUCUGCGGACACAGCCUCCAGCGGCCGAGCUUCUCCGACAGCCUCCUGGCCGCUCCUUCCCCGCAGAAGGGCCCGCCUCUCGCCGCUGGAGCGUCCAGUCCGCCGGAGAGGGCUUUUUCUACGGGGCAUCAUCAACAGAACCUGCCCCUCCCUCUUCCCCUCAGCCCUCCGGACCCGGAGAGACUGUCUCCGUCGGGGCAGAAGAUCGUGCCGCCGAUCUUCGGCUACCGGCUGGCCCAGCAGCAGCUGAAAGAGAUGAAGAAACGGGGCUUGAAGGAGGCCACCAAGGUCUACCACGUCUCCCAGAGCCCCGUGGACGACACCAUGCUGGAGGCCGUGGAGUCCACGCAGAGCGGCCUCACCGUCACGCAGCAGGACAGCGAGAGCCAGGACGACUCCAACCUCAGCCGCUUCCGGAUCAAGUCCCCGUUCCUGGAGGGCACCUGGACGCCUUCCAAGGCCUCCAAAACCCUCCCCGACAGACUCGGCCCGAAGGCCGACUACGGCCUGGGGUCGUCCCCGGCGGCGGGCUUCAGCGCGCAGAAGAGGGAGCGGACGGCCGACUGGGUGGAGAUGGUGGAGCGAAGCGGCGUGGGCUUGUCCAAGAACCCCAACUUCAGGCGCACGUCCAGCUUCCACGAGACCAAGCUGCACCAGCAGUCCACCCCGGUGUCGGCGGCGGCGGCUGCUGCCAGGCCCUUCCGGGAGCGGAGCAUGACCCAGGUGACGCCGCGGCAGAUCCCCGAGGGAAGCUGCAAGACGCGGGGAGCGUGGGAGCAGCCGCCCCCCAUCCGCGAGAGCGAGCCCUGGGCCCCCGGCAAACCCAGAACCGCCGAAAGCGCAACGGACAGCAGGAGGCGGCCGUGGAUAGAGGCGUCACCGUGUCUCAUCGACUUCAAGGCCAACACAGGCGGGCUAGCCAGAAGCGUGUCAGCCGGAACCGACACCAGCACCAGACUGCUGGCGGCUGCUCCCGGUGAGAGGCACCGAGGGGACCUCCUCCCCAGCCCGCCACCGGCUCUCGGGCUGAGCCGGGCCGAGCAGGCCGAGCAGAACUGGAACCGCCGGGGCCCGUCGCCGAUCCAGCGGACCAUCCUGGCGCGGAAGCUGCGCGAGGCCAACGCCAACGCCAACCCCAACACGAAUGCUAACAACGCGAACGCGGCGCAUCAUCGACAGCGCAGCGCCACUUUCUCCGCGGCGGCCCAGCGGAGAGACCGCUGCCGCAGCCUCCCGCUCUCGGGCGACUACAGCAACGCCUGCGCCGGCUCACCCUACGGCCUCUCUGAGGCGGAGAAGCGCAUGAUGGACCUCCCCGGACACCUGGGAGAGGAGGCAGAGGGAAUGGCGUCACCGCCGGGAUUGGGAAUGCACAGGCGCACUUGAGAUAAGAACAAUGACCGGGGAAAACAAAGAUAGCAUACUCUAGAUCAAUAGUGAAGCCAUCUGAAAGAAUUGAAAAAUAAGAUCAAGAAAAUAAGUGCUGGACUGGUCUCUAAACACCUCACUCUGGUUCCAACUUUGACAAUAUGGCAACUUCAGCUUAAUUUUCUGUUAAAAUGUGACAUCAGGCUGUCCAUGUUUUUUUACAGUCCUUGGGGGAUACAGUGGAUCUUAGCAAGAUCAGGGAAUGAUUCUGGUGACAUCUGGAUCAGACCAAACUAGAUCAUCUGAUCCAUGACCAAUUAUGGAUCCAUUUCACUAGACGCAUUCCAACGGACUGUAAGCAAGAUCAGUGGUAUGUUGAGCCUAAGGUCUGAAGUAUGUUCACAUUUGACAAACAAAAGCUAAGAUAUAAAGAUUCCCAGGCAGACUUUUUCUUUGAACUUUAAUAUGAAUGUUUUGGUGUAAAACCUGACCAUAUAAAUUUAAACUGUAAACAAAAUGGUGACCAACAAAGCGAUUUCCACAAACAUUUGCCUGUUCUCACCGAAUUUGAACCUAAAUCGGCUUUAGGCUCAACAUACAGUACCACUUAUCUAAUUUCGUAGUAUACUCCUCGAAUCAGGGCUGGGUCCAUAUUAGAUGAGAUAUAUUCCAGUGUUACCUACAAGCUGGGGCUGCAGAGACCCAAGGAUCCUUUCUGACAUUAGCAAAGAGCCAAAUCUGUACUACAUCUAGCAGUAUUAGAUAUGAAUUCCCUUUGAUACACUACUGAAUGUUUAUUGUACUGAAUAUUGUUUUUAAAAAACUCUUCUCUCACUCUUAUCACUGAUUGUCACUUGCUUUCAUUUUUGAAUGAUUGUUACAAGUAGGAGUUGGACAUAGAGGAAGGAACUAAAUGCUCGUAGUACUAACUGUAAUAGGAGUCUAGCGUGGAUUAUUUCAUGGUAUUUGGCACUUUACGGUUUCUCAUCUAAACAGUAACUGAGACUUUAAGUGCAUUUGUAGCAACUGACUCGUGACCAUAAUCUGUUUCAUCUGAAGGCCACUGAAGACAUAACUUCAUAGGGCCUUGACUUGGACAAUAGAUUUGUUGAAAAUGUCAUGAAUGGAUUAACCUCCGUGUACAAAUUGUUCAAUAAGCAGAUAACACUGGGGAGAGGUUAUUGCAUUUGUUUUUUUUGUUUUUUUGCUUUUUUAAUCAUGUUUGACCUUUCUUUUUUAACUGUUCUGUCAAUGUGCACUGUGGUCUGACAGUUAACCAUGCACAAAUGGACUGUUUUUUAAUACUUUUAUAGAAAAUGUUUGAUAUGAAAUCUGCCUGUUUGAUAUGUUUUUCAUGCACAUAGCAUAGAUGUUU